GAAACACACUUUAGGUACAGCUGCGCUAUUUCUCGCGCCUUCAUCCACUGCGAGAAACCACCAGCUCGGAUAUCAAACCUGCCACUCUCCCUGCUGCGUGAAUGCCAUCUUGGGACCCGGGGACCAGGGCUGGCCACCCGUCAGCACCCCCAGACCCCUUCCUGGGGAGCAGAGCUUCUAGGAGAGGAGCCCACACGCACCAAAGCCGCCACCCCAGGGACUAGAAGGGGAGACCCAGGAGAAGCCCUUGGUUCUUCAGCUUCCGCCGGACGUUGCCGAGGGGUCCAGAGGCAGGUGACCGCGGGAGCACUGCUGCCUGCGGCCGGGACAGCUGUCGAGCCGGAGCACUUUUCCCGGAUACGCGUCCCCACGGCAGCUUCUGUGUGGGGAGCACACAUCUUCUCCUCGUCACACAUUCGGGAUGGUGCCCACGCGUCCUCAGCCGUUGCUCCUCAGCUGUGA